AUGAGCGAACCCAUCAAGUCCAAGCGAAUCGAGCAGCUGUCCAGCAUUGCCCCCACCCCUCAGAACACCCCGGCCUCCAACGCCUCAUCUUUCCUCCAGCGAGCCGCCAACCCUGGAGUGUCUACAAUUGCUGAGGAUGGUCAGGGGGAGGUCGACCUCGGAGCUCUGAGCCGAGACCCCGCUCUGCUGUCCCAUCUUGCCGGUCGACUCAACCAGAUGGCCGGUACUUCUUCGGGCUACGUCGAUUCUCUGCCUCUGGCUGUGCGACGACGAAUCGAUGGUCUCAAGGCCCUGCACCAGCAGGCCUCCGUGGUGGAGGACGAGUUCCACAAGGAGAUGCUGGAACUGGAGCGAAAGUUCCAGGCCAAGUUUGCCCCCAUCUACGCCGAACGAGCCGCCGUCAUUGGUGGCGAGAAGGAGGUAUCUGAGGAGCAGGUUGAGGCCGGUAAGAAAUACGAACAGGAGCGAAUGGAGCGAAUGUUUGGUGUCGACGGAGACGAUGUUGAGGAGGAUGAGGACGAGGAGGACGAGGAUGCAAAGGACGAAGAAGAGGAGAAGGAGGGUGAUGAUAAGUCCGAUGCCAAGGGUAUUCCCUACUUCUGGCUCACCGCCAUCCAGAACCUGCCCGGUGCCUCCGGUCUCAUUUCCGAGCGAGAUAGCGAGGCUCUCAAGUCGCUCAUGAAUGUGCGAAUGGAGUAUCUCGACGACAAGCCUGGCUUUGUGCUCAUCUUUGACUUCGCCGAGAACGAGUUCUUCACCAACAAGCAGCUCAAGAAGUCGUAUUUCUACCUCGACAAGGUGUCUGACACCGGUGAGCUCAUGUACGACCACGCCGAGGGUGAAGAGAUCGACUGGAAGUCGCCUGAGCAGAACCUGACCAUGGAGAUCACCAAGCGAAAGCAGCGAAACAAGCACACCAAGGCCACCCGAAUCGUGGAGAAGGCCGUCCCCACUGAGUCUUUCUUCACCUUCUUCAGCCCGCCCAAGGCCCUGGAUGAGGAGGAAGAGGACGAGGACGAGGAGGUUGACCAUGAGGAGCGAGACAAUGCUCUGCAGCUUGACUACCAGAUUGGUGAGGAAAUCAAGGAGCAGCUCAUUCCCCGAGCCGUCGACUGGUUCACCGGAUUUGCUCUGGAGAUGGAGAUGGAGCAUGGUGACAUGGGCGAGUUUGAGGAUGAGGACGACGAUGAGGAUGAGGAUGAUGACGACGAUGAUGAUGAGGACGACGAGGAGGGAGGCAAGAAGGAGGCCCAGGAGUGCAAACAAUCUUAA